GGCAUGGCCAGCAGCGCUGUGGAUCAGGGCUGGGGUUGAGCUCAAGGCCGCGGCCGGGGCGUUCCCGUGGCAGCCGGAAACAGCCGAUCGCGCUCGGCCCGCGGCUCCGCCCGGCACCCGUAGGAGGCGAGGAGGGCGAGCCAAGAUGGCGGGUGUGCCGGCCGUGCGUAUCAGCAUCGAGUCGGCGUGUGAGAAACAAGUGCAGGAGGUGGGGCUGGAUGGCAGCGAGACCUACCUGCAGCCCCUCUCCAUGUCACAGAACCUGGCCCGCCUGGCGCAGCGCAUCGACUUCAGCCAGGGCUCCGGCUCUGAGGAGGACGAGCCGGGCUCGGCGGGCCGCGCCUGGGCCGAGCAGAACGAGGCGGAGGAUGAGGAAGGGUUGGUGAAGUUUCAGCCGUCCCUCUGGCCUUGGGACUCUGUGAGAAACAACUUAAGAAGUGCCCUGACUGAAAUGUGUGUGCUGUACGAUGUCCUCAGCAUCGUUAAGGAUAAGAAGUUCAUGACCCUGGAUCCAGUGGUGCAGGACCCUCCUCCUCCCAAGCAGAAUCCUCAGUUUCUACAGUUGAUUUCAAAGAAGAAGUCAUUAGCAGGUGCAGCUCAGAUCCUGCUAAAAGGAGCGGAAAGGUUAUCCAAAUCAGUGGCAGAAAACCAGGAAAAUAAGCGACAAAGAGAUUUCAACUCAGAACUACUAAGACUGAGACAACACUGGAAGCUGAGAAAAGUGGGCGACAAAAUUCUUGGUGAUCUGAGCUACAGAAGUGCAGGUUCCCUUUUCCUUCAUCAUGGCACAUUCGAGGUGAUCAAAAACACUGACAUUGACCUGGAUAAAAAGAUACCUGAGGAUUACUGUCCUUUGGAUGUUCAAAUCCCUAGUGAUUUAGAGGGAUCAGCCUACAUAAAGGUUUCUAUUCAGAAACAAGCUCCAGACAUUGGUGACCUUGGGACAGUCAAUCUCUUCAAAAGACCCAUGCCAAAAUCAAAACCAGGUACUCCGCACUGGCAAACAAAACUGGAGACUGCACAGAAUGUUCUCCUGUGUAAAGAAAUCUUUGCCCAGCUGUCACGAGAAGCUGUUCAAAUUAAAUCACAAAUUCCUCACAUUGUUGUGAAAAAUCAGAUCAUCUCUCAGCCUUUCCCAGGCUUGCAGUUGUCUAUUUCUCUGUGUCACUCUUCCAAUGACAAAAAGUCACAGAAGUCCACUUCGGAAAAACAGAAUCCCGAGGAUCAUCUCUAUGUUCUGGAACAUAAUUUGCAUCAACUUAUCAGAGAGUGUCACAAGCAAACUUUGAGCUCCACGGUGAUGCCACAUCCAGCAAGUGCCCCUUUUGGCCACAAGAGAAUGAGACUAGCAGGACCACAGGCUUUUGAUAAAAAUGAAAUCACUGCCUUGCAGACAAAUGAAGGGCUUCUGGAAAAGAUCAUAAAACAGGCAAAACACAUCUUUCUGAGGCGCAGAACUGCUCGAACCAUUGACAGUCUGGCUAGUCGUAUUGAAGAUCCUCAGAUUCAGGCCCACUGGUCAAAUAUAAAUGAUGUUUAUGAAUCCAGUGUUAAAGUUCUAAUAACUUCUCAAGGAUAUGAACAGAUAUGCAAAUCCAUUCAACUACAACUCAAUAUCGGAGUUGAGCAAAUCAGAGUAGUGCACAGAGAUGGAAGAGUUAUUACACUGUCUCAUCAAGAGCAAGAACUGCAGGAUUUCCUUUUAUCUCAGAUGUCGCAGCACCAAGUACAUGCAGUUCAGCAGCUUGCAAAAGUGAUGGGAUGGCACGUGCUGAGCUUCAGUAAUCACGUUGGCCUGGGGCCAGUGGAGAGUAUUGGCAAUGCAUCUGCAAUAACCGUAGCGUCACCAAAUGGAGACUAUGCCAUUUCAGUACGUAACGGUCCUGAAAGUGGCAGCAAAGUUAUGGUUCAGUUUCCACGAAGUCAGUGCAAAGAUCUCCCCAAAGGCGACGUACUGCAGGACAACAAAUGGAACCACCUUCGAGGGCCCUUCAAGGAAGUCCAGUGGAAUAAAAUGGAAGGGCGCAACUUCGUGUAUAAAAUGGAGCUGCUCAUGGCAGCCUUAACUCCAUGCUGAUAAGCUCUCAGUCUCUUCGUGGGGGCUUUGAGUCAUUGCUGUGCUGCCUGUGCAACAAAAGAUAAUGUAGCCUGUGGGGCUAUACAAGAAAACAAAACCAAAUGUAUUUCCUGUACAGAUGCAUCUGUUGUAGGGUUUAUAAUAAAGCAUUAUCAAUGAUGGGUAGAAUACAGCUUCUUCAGAAAGCUCCUUCCAGCUGUACCUUUGCAGGCUGCUCUACCUGGAUCAACAUACCUGAGAGACUAAUGUGGUUUUUGUUUAUUAAAUGGAGUUAAGGAACCCUUUGCUGUAUGAAAGGAGCCUGCUCAAAAUGACACCUUUUCCUUUACAGCCUCUGCUUUUGCUGAAUAGAUUUUUACAGUUACGUUGCUUGCAAUUUCUGGAUGUAGAGGAAAUGAACUUUACCUAUGUAUAAAAUUCUCCUGCCAGUUUGAAUUUUUGUGUAACUUUUGUGUGUGUAAAUUCAUGUCCAGAAAGAACAGACUGGGAACAGAGGAGCAGGUAACCCAUGCAAGAAACCUUGGAUCUCCAUAGUCAUCCUGUUCUUUUUAUUUCUGCCCUGGCAUUCACUGCCAUUCAGAAGAACGAUGGUAUUCUCAUAGAGGUCAGCUCUGUUGAGAUCUUAAAGAGGUAAUUUUUCUUUCUUUCUUUCUUUCUUUCUUUCUCUUCCUUUGCUGUAAUUAUAGCUGCCUUGAUGUUUCUACUGAAGUUUUGCCCACUUUUGUUUUGUCAUUAAUGGCUAAAGGUCUUUUUGAAACUGCCCUGUGUAAGCUGGUUAAGACUUUCAUCCAUACUGUGUUACAAGGUGUGUAUAUACAUACAUAUAUAGAAGAGAACUUUUUGCACAUAGAACAUGCUUGAAUUAAACCAUCGUAUUUCUGUA